AUGGGAACAACAACUGUGAUCGACUCACAUUUCUUGGCCCUCACUGCAAUUGUAACUGUUGCUUAUCAAUCGAUCUUCUUCGUCGUCACCGCUCUUCUUAGGUUCGACAAGGUCACCGACUUUGCAGGCAGCACAAAUUUUGUUAUACUUGCGGUGUUGACCUUGGCUGUGAAGGGAUCAUGGCAUUUUCGACAGGUGGUUUUGUCUGCACUCGUAGUCAUCUGGGGUCUUCGUCUAGGGCUGUUUCUAUUAAUGAGGAUACUGCGCUGGGGUGAGGACCGUCGGUUUGACGAAAUGCGCGAUAAUUUGGGGAAAUUGGCUGUUUUUUGGGUUUUUCAGGCUGUGUGGGUAUGGACUGUGAGUUUACCUGUGACAGUUGUUAACGCAAGUGAUCGAGACCCGUCUAUUCAAGUUGUGGAUGUCAUCGGGUGGAUAAUGUGGGCUUUAGGCAUUUUCGUUGAAGCAACAGCUGACCAGCAAAAAUUAACAUUUAAGAAUUCAGCAGAGAAUAGAGGGAAAUGGUGCAAUGUUGGACUCUGGAAGUUUUCUCGCCAUCCCAAUUACUUCGGCGAGGUUUAUGUUUAG